CGGCUGCCCGUUUCCCCCCCGACCCUCCUCCUCCUCCGCCUCCUUCCUCCGCCCCUCUCCACGUUUGCAGCUCUGGGAAGCCGGGAUUUGGGCGCAGGACCUCCGCCUCGGCCGCGCCUCCGCCUCCCCGCUCCUCGCGCCGCCGCCGCCGCCAUGGAAGGGCCAGGAAUGCCGCCCGGCCAGAGGAGACGCCGCCACCGCCACUGCUUCUCGCCGCUGCUGCUGGCGCUGCUGGUGAGCUGCGCGGCGUGCCAGGCUCCGCCGGUGCCGGGCGGCGGGGAACCGCCGUGGGACGGCAAGGACGUGCUGGUGGAGCGCAGCUACGUGCCCCGCGAGUGCCCGCGCACCGUCCGCGCCGGCGACUUCGUGCGCUACCAUUACCACGGCACCUUCCCCGACGGCGCCAAGUUCGACUCCAGGUACGGCGCCUCGUCGCGCGGCCCCGGCAGCAAGGCCCGUCGGAGGCAGCGGGACUUACGGGCGGGCGCGCACACGCUCGGCAGCCUUCGCGCCCCGUCAGGCUCGCUGGCCGGCCGAGCCUCGGGGCUUUGGCCCUGAUCCAGCCCAGGGCGGCUUUUGGUGUGGGGCAGAGCGCCCGCUUCGCACGAGGGAAGCCGCAGCCCCUGCCCUCUCCUGCUAAAAUGGGGAGCCCACACUCUGAGAGAGCUCUCCCCGGGAUACAGCGGUACCUCGGGUUACAGACGCUUCAGGUUACAGACUUGGCUAAGCCAGAAGUAGUACCUCAGGUUAUGAACUUUGCUUCAGGAUGGGAACAGAAAUCGUGCGGUGGCAGCGGGAGGCCCCAUUAGCUAAAGUGGUACCUCAGGUUAAGAACAGUUUCAGAUUAAGAACGGACCUCUGGAACGGAUUAAGUUCUUAACCAGAGGUACUACUGUACAGUGGUACCUUGGUUCUCAAAUUUAAUCCUUUCCGGAGGUCCGUUCCAUAACCAAAGCGUUCCAAAUCCAAGGCAUGCUUUCCCAUAGAAAGUAAUGCAAAACGGAUUAAUCCGUUCCAGACUUUUAAGGACAACCCCUAAAACAGCAAUUUAACAUGAAUUUUACUAUCUAACGGGACCAUUGGUCCAUAAAAUGAAAGUAAUAAUCAAUGUAAAAAGGUAAAGGGACUCCUGAGCAUUAGGUCCAGUUGUGAUCGACUCUGGGGUUGUGGCACUCAUCUUGCUUUAUUGGCCGAGGGAGCCGGCGUACAGCUUCUGGGUCCUGUGGCCAGCAUGACUAAGCCGCUUCUGGCGAACCAGAGCAGCGCACGGAAACGCCGUUUACCUUCCCACCGGAGCGGUACCUAUUUAUCUACUUGCACUUUGACGUGCUUUCGAACUGCUAGGUUGGCAGGAGCAGGGACCGAGCAACGGGAGCUCACCCUGUCAUGGGGAUUUGAGCCGCCAACUUUCUGAUUGGCAAGUUCUAGGCUCUGUGGUUUAACCCACAGCUCCACCCACGUCCCUUUCAAUGAUCAAUGUACUGUACUAUAAAAUGAAUAAGAUAGUAUUGUAGAUGAUAAAAGUUAAAAAUAUUUUUUUUCCCUUACCUGCACUGAUGAUAGUCAUUGUUUGGAUGGGGGGCUUUUAUCCAUUUCCGCAGUCACACAAUCAAUCAAUCAAUCAAUCAAUCAGUAGCUGAACUGGGUUCCACACAGUCACAAAAACAAAUUAACCGAAAAAGCCUCAAAAACAAAAACGCAAAAUAAAUAGCAAAAACAAAAGCGCCAGACUUAAUCCAUUCUGGAAGUCCAUUUGAAAACCAAGGCGCAGCUUCUGAUUGGUGCAGGCAUCCUGGAAACAAUAGCCGACAGCCACAUCAGGCGUUCAACUUCCGAAAAACAUUCAAAAACCGGAACACUUCCGGGUUUUCGGUAUUUUGGAACCAAGGCGUUUGAGAACCAAGGUACCACUGUACUGCUCUAUGCAGCCAACUGCUAGGGCUGAGGUCCCUUUGCCCCCCCCCCCCGAUUUGAGUGGGUCGCCCCUCCCAAGUUGAUCAGUUAUGUGGGGUGGGGUUUACACGGGUUCCCUCAAUAGUUUAUUCAAGUGGGCACCCCUGGCUCUAGGUGUAGAGGCAUUUGUUUAUAAACUGGGAAAGUCUAUGAGAAGCCAUACCUGCCAUCAUCUUCAAAAGGCAAAGCUCCUCUCCUAGUCUAGAAAACCCCACCAGUGCCAGAUAUAGGGUGGUGAGCUAAGGGGGCAUAAUAAUAAUAAUAAUAAUUUAAAUGCAUAUAUUUAUACAGGUACCAACUGAGAAGAUAUUACAGAUGCUUUAUGUUUCCAUAUGAUUUAUGCUGCAUUUGCCCUGCUCAAGUAUGUUCUGUUAUGUUUCCACAAUGUAUUGUUUGUAAGCUGCUUUGGGAUUCAUUUGAAUGAAAAGCGGCCCAGAACUACUAAUAAAUACAGUGGUACCUCAGGUUACAGACGCUUCAGGUUACAGACUCCACUAACCCAGAAAUAGUACCUCGGGUUAAGAACUUUGCUUCAGCAUGAGAACAGAAAUCGUGCGGCCCCAUUAGCUAAAGUGGUACCUCAGGUUAAGAACAGUUUCAGGUUAAGAACGGACCUCCAGAACGAAUUAAGUUCAAUAUCCAUAAAAAAGCAACUGUACCAAAAGGAAUUAUUGUGAAAAUAAUAAAUACGAUAGGGGUUUUUUUUGCCAAAUUUUUUCCUCCUUGCAGGCACCACAUUAGCAAUGUCUGCCUCUGACCCCACCCUAGGCGGAGAGGCUGCUUACAGCGCAACCUUUUGGAUCACAGGGCACCCCCUUGGGCCUGCAGUUGUAGCUCUGGAACUGGUCCAUUUCCAAGUGAUGGAGGCUCUUAGGAAUGUUGUCGAACAAUACAGUGAACUGGCCUCUGCUAUAUUUCUCUUUGUGUAUGAUACUUUUGAAUGCAUUCCCACUGAAGUCCUUGAAGUAAAAGGUAGAUUUAAUAUAACUUGGGUGCACUGUAAGUGUUCCUGUGAGUAAAACGUGGGCUACAUCUAAUUUCAUCAUAAUUAUAGGGCUGUAUAACAGCACCUACGCAAGGCAUAGAAGGGGGUGUCUAUUUCUCCUCUGGUGAGAGGACAUUAUGUUGAGAGGACAUCUGAUGAGAGAUAUUAUGUUAAUUAUCAAAAAUUCCCAAGUGAUCAUUGAAAGUGAAUAUGCCCUUUGGCAAAAUUCCAGACAUCUCUUUGGAGAGAAUGCAUAUUCUUGGAAGCUUAUAUUUUUUACCCUUUCAGCAUUGUUGUAGAAUGAUGCAUUCCUAACCCCACACCUUGGGAAUAAGCCCCAUUGAAUUCAAUGAGACCUACUUCUGAGUAGACAUGAUUGGGGUUGCUCCAGAAGAGCAAAACCAUUCAUUUCCCCCCCAUAUCUGUCAAUCAAAUUAAAAUUGCCUUGAAUAUGGCAUUUCUGUCAUUAUCCAUUCAAGACAAAAUAAAGUUCACCUUCACAGAACUUGUGGCAGAAAUGUUUUGUUUGUUUGUGCUGAAUCAGCUGCCAUGGGUAAUUCUGAGUUUGAAAGAUUAGUGAAAAAAUUCUUUCACUUCUUUCCCCACAACAAUUGUAUAGAUCUCUCUCUUAACCAGCCAUUGUCCAUAUUUGGCUUUAAAAUACCCCUGCCGCCUCAAAUUCUUUAGCCUUUCCUAGUAGGAAAGAUACUCAAAGCUCUACAUCGUGUUGGUUUUCUACAACCUUUCUAGCUCUAGGACUGUCCAGGGUAUUCCACACAAGGUAUGAAAGCAACGCUUGUUUAGAUGGCUUUUGAAAGAGAGGUGAGACAAGUUCAUGGGGGAAUCAGCAGCUGUUAGUCAUAGUCAUGACUGAGAAAUGGGUAAAAAUAAAAGAGCUGCCAACAAAAUACCUGCAAACUGGAUUUAAGUGAAUUGCAAAUGAAUUUGCAAGUAACCUACUGUGUUCAUAUUCUCUCUCUCUCUCUCUCUCUCUCUCUCUCUCUCUCUAGCUAUGACAGGGGUUCCACAUUCAACGUGUUUGUGGGGAAAGGCCAGCUUAUUGCUGGGAUGGACAAAGCUCUGAUUGGCAUGUGUGUGAAUGAGAGGCGGUUCGUAAAAAUCCCACCCCAUCUUGGCUACGGGAGCGAAGGUGUUUGUGAGUACAGUACUCUGUAUGGAAAUGUUCAUCCAAGACAAGCCUGUUGAAAAUACAGAGUUUCUAACAAGUUCAUCAAACCCGAUUUUUUAAUGAAUGCAUUGCUGCCUGAUAAGUCCUGUUCAUGGGAUAUAUCUGUGGAUCUGGAUGUGUGGAUGAGGAGGACAUGGGACCAUGCUGACGGACCCUGUCUCCCAAACUCCACAUUUUCAUUUUAAGUUCUGAACUUCUGAGAAACACGUGGAGUUCCUGCUCCCGCUCAGUCCACAUAUUUAGAUCUCUGGAUAUGUUAUAUGAAUCGAGUUCAAGAGGCCAGAUUACUACAAUGUCAUGCACACCAAGCAAACUAUCCUUGCUAAAGUUUCCUCCUGUUCUCCACAUCAAGUCCUUUUCCCCCUUUUUUGAAAAAUGUGAGGAUCUUUGUUUUCUCCCCAUUGUUAAUUUCUUUGAGAUGGACUUCUAGCUACAAUUGUUGCAGAGAUACGUGAUGGCAGAAAUAUCCAUCUUGUUCCUCAGUGAGGAACAAGUUGUUGUCCUGUUCUGAUCAAGAUUAAUUUAAUACAAUAUGAGGCUUCAGUAGUGAUGACUCGGAGCAGGGUGACAGUAAUAAAGUGAAUUCACUCUAAGUCCAUUGUUUUCCCAAAUCCUUGAUAAACAGAGGCACUUCAAGUUCCCUGUAAAGAGGGAUUGAUUGAUAAACCAUCCUGGGAAUUCUUGCUCUGGGAGGGGAAUGGUGGGCUGUAUCCAGUAACUCUUAGCAAACUACAGCUCCCAGAAUGCUUUGGGUGAAGCCAUGACAGCUGAAAGUGGUAUUAUAGUACUCUAAAUGUGGCCUCUGUCUCUGUACGCCUGGGCCACUGGUGAAACAGUUCCUAAGCCAGCACAUCUUUUGUGCAUGCCUGCUACAUCUGAAAAGAGACAGUAGUUUGUUACAUUAAUUCUGUUUUUUCAGCAAACAUCAUUUCCGUUUUAAUAUAUUUUGCAUUCACAGCUGGUGUAAUUCCUGCAAACUCAGUGCUUCACUUUGAUGUGCUUUUGAUCGACCUUUGGAAUUCUGAAGACCAAGUUCAUAUUCAAACUUAUUACAAGCCAGAAAAUUGCACAAGAACAAUCCAGGUGUCUGAUUUUGUAAGAUACCAUUACAAUGGGACAUUUCUAGAUGGUACACUGUUUGACUCGAGGUAGUUAAUAUAUAUUUCUUUCUUUUUAUUAUUCAUGUUUUUUGAGGUCUUGAUUUUUGAGGGCUUCUGUGAGAAUUUCCAUAAAAAUGUGAAUGAAAAUAUUUUGUUGGCAGGGCUGGGAACAAAAUCUAUGCCUGAGGCUUAGGAAAACCACUUUCUGUCAGUAUAAGACAACAUUGGACUCAAUAAACCAAUGGUCUCUCAUGCCUGCUAUAAGGCAGCUUCAAAUGUUCAGCUUUUAACCACUAAAGCAAUAGGGAAAGAAUGUGGCAUAUUUGGUGUCUUUGCCUUUGUGCAACUAAGUUUUGUUGUUUUAUACUCUGUAUACUUCUAAAAUGGUUUGAAACAAAAUGCGCAUUGGUCUACAUUGAUUUUACUCAGCCCAACUCGUCACGUUUUUUCCUGCUUCCAGUGUUAAAAAGGAAGACACUGGCUAUGAGUAACUUGCUUUUUUGUUAUAUUUUCAGCCACAAUAGAAUGCGAACAUAUGACACUUAUGUGGGUAUCGGUUGGCUGAUCCCCGGUAUGGACAAAGGUCUCCUUGGAAUGUGUGUCGGAGAAAAGCGCAUCAUCACAGUACCGCCUUUCAUGGCGUAUGGAGAAGACGGAGAUGGUAAACGCCAAAUUUGUUUAUGCUGGUCUUGAAUAUUAACACAAAUGCAAAAGCAACACACUGGCUAAUAACGGGUAAGGUAAAGGUAAAGGUACCCCUGACCAUUAGGUCCAGUCGUGGCCGACUCUGGGGUUGUGGCGCUCAUCUCACUUUAUUGGCCGAGGGAGCCGGCGUACAGCUUCCAGGUCAUGUGGCCAGCAUGACUAAGCCGCUUCUGGCGAACCAGAGCAGCGCACGGAAACGCCGUUUACCUUCCCGCCGGAGCAGUACCUAUUUAUCUACUUGCACUUUGACGUGCUUUCGAACUGCUAGGUUGGCAGGAGCAGGGACCGAGCAAUGGGAGCUCACCUCGUCGCGGGGAUUCGAACCGCCGACCAUCUGAUCAGCAAGCCCUAGGCCCUGUGGUUUAACCCACAGCGCAAACCACUUCCUUUUAAGACUCCUGAGAGACAUCUUCCUUUGAGACUUUUAUAGAACAUCUUCCUUUGAGAGAUGGCUUGGCGUUCCUCGCUAUUCAUUGACUUGUUUGACUUCUCAUUUCACUCUUUUAUGUACAACAACUUACAGUCACAUGUAUAUUUUGUGAGAUGUACUGUAUGAUAUGCACUUUAUUUUGAAGUGGUGUAUUAGUAUAUUUUGAAUGACAUUGUAAUUAAUAAUAUAUCCACUACCAGUUAUUAGCCAGCGUGUUGCGUUUGCAUUUGCGUUGAUUGUUACAUUUUGCAACCCAGGGGUUUGUGUUUGUCCAUGCUAGUGGAUAUUAGACAACCCUGAGAAACAUAAAUCAAGAGAAGAUCUUUCCACAGAAUUUGAACUCAUAAUGUUUUGUGUAGGAAGCAACUGAUGAAUCAACUCAAUAUCUGAUCGCCCAGGGAAUAUUCAUCUUUAAUCUCAGUUACAUCUUAAUUUCUUUCAACUUUAUUUUUUUCCAGAUAGAAAAUUGGCAGAAUAACCAGACUGCUAUUAACAAAAUGGAAGUUAUUUUUUUAAAUUCCUGGAAGCAGAAUCUCUUAUGUUAAUAAACAUAAGUUGCUUUAGAAUUGGCGGGGGUGCAGAGAAAUGAAAUGUAUAUUAUAGCAUGGAAUAGAUGUGGGGUUGAGGGUAUGUGUAUAUGUGGGGUUAGCUUGAAUUUCUUUCUGAAUUCUUGCGUUGACUUAAAUGCCUACCAUCCACCUUGAUUAUAGGUAAAGAAAUCCCGGGUCAAGCGUCUCUGGUCUUUGAUGUGGCUCUCUUAGAUCUCCACAACCCCAAAGACAGCAUCGCUGUGGAACAACAAUAUGUGCCUGAAACCUGUGAGCGUAGAAGCCAAGUAGGGGACUUCCUCAGAUACCAUUAUAAUGGUACACUUUUGGAUGGCACAUUGUUUGAUUCUAGGUAACCACACUGCUGAACACACGUUUCCUACUUUCUGUUUAUUUCUUUGGGUGUUUUUAUAGCUCUAUUCUGCUGAGCAUUCUUAAAGGUAUUCUAAGUAGCUUGGUAAAGGUCUUCAAUAAAAAAUAAAUAAAUAAGACUAAGAAAAAGUUUAAAAAAGUAGAGCAAUGGUUCCAAUGGAUGUGGGUUAUCCUGAACUCUCAUUUUUCUCUGUUUGAAACAAGAGAUUUAAGUAAUAAAUGCACAGAAGAUGAUGGCAUAGAUUACUACAUUCAACAAGCAGACAGAAAAGCACAGCUAAUAGGACACCAGCACAUAAAGUAAACACAUUUGGGAAAUUUUUAAAAUACUUCCUAUUUCUCCUCUUGGGUAACUUUAGUGUAUAAAUGUUUAGUGGAUUUUCCACUUUCCAUGAUAAUAAAUGGGAAGCAAAAGUGGAUCUGUACUAAAGCUAGUUUAUAAUAACUUGUACGGUGAAAACCAAUUCUUUACGUUUAUAGCAUGUUUUAUCAAAACAUGUCAAUGUGCAGUAAGAAUAAUAUCACCAACCAAAACAUUAAGUGCUUUGCUUCUUUCUGCUGUGGAUAAUUGCUUUUGGACACUUACUUCCAGGGGCACAUGAUUUAACAAAGAGCAUCUGUUUCAAUAAACCUAAAAGAAUAGAAAAAAUUAGCCAUUACAUCCCAUCUUAGCACUUAGUGCUUAUAUUGGAGAUAACAGAUCUCUAUGCCUGAUGCAAUAUGACAUCAAGUGACUGACAGAUGGGUGUGGUUUGUCCAAAACAUCCUUGCAGCCAAAUUCAGAGGCAUGGUGGACCUAGAUGAGAGGUUCUCUAUUACUUUGUUAGACCCCAUGCUAUUUUUGAUGACAUACUUGAAAGAUCAACAUCUUUCAAACAGAAAAGAUAAAUUACUGUUUCAAAUGGUACUAUCUACUAGAAUUGUCAGUGCCAGACAAUGAAAGAGAAAAGAAUCCCCUUCAUAAAAGCAUGGCUACUUUGAGUAAGAUCAUAUGGAUUAUAUGGGUUAGACAGGGAAAACAAGGGUUUAAGAAGUUUGAAUCUGAAUGGGACCCAUUUAGGAAUUUCUGGAAUAAAAACCAAGGGAUAACAAGACACAACCCUAUGUCAUGAGAGUAGUGUCUCUUGAUUGGAUGACAUUAAUAUGCUAUUCGGGCUCAGUUUUUUAUUUUGUGUUUUUCAUACCACAAAGUGGAUAGCUUUUCUAGUUUUGUUCUUCUUAUGUGACUUCUCAUUUUGCUGCUAUACAGUAUAUUAAAAUAGUUUUCUUGUCUAUGCGCUUGGUCUGCUCAGUAUUGUUUAAGGUUACUUCACCUAUCCGUUAAUAUAUUUGUAAUCCUGUUACCAUAUUUUUCGCUCUAUAAGACGCACCAGACCACAAGACGCACCUAGUUUUUGGAGGAGGAAAACAAGAAAAAAAUAUUCUGAAUCCCAGAAGCCAGAAUAGCAAGAGGGAUCGCUGCGCAGUGAAAGCAGCAAUCCCUCUUGCUGUUCUGGCUUCUGGGAUAGCUGCGCAGCCUGCAUUCGCCCCAUAAGACACACACACAUUUCCCCUUACUUUUUGGGAGGGAAAAAGUGAGUCUUAUAGAGCAAAAAAUACGGUACAUAUUUGGCUUGCUUUUUUAUUCACAGUUGAAGUUUUAUUAUAUUACACACAUUUAUGUAUUUGUUUUGCUAGCUUAAUUUCCUCACUUCUUCUAGUCACACUUAGGUUUGGUGCUAUUAUAAGACAUGACUUCAUCAGUUCCACUACACCCUGUUGAUACUUCUUUCUGAUGUUUUUGCUGUCAAGCCAGUAAGCUAUGGGCAUACUGAUAACAGACUUAGUUAAGCAAAGGUUUUUCCUUUUUGCCUGUAGUUAUUCACGGAACCGAACAUAUGAUACCUACAUUGGGAAAGGUUAUGUGAUUGCUGGGAUGGAUGAAGGCUUGCUUGGUGUAUGCAUUGGAGAGAAGAGGAGAAUAACCAUCCCACCUCACUUGGGGUAUGGCGAGGAGGGAAGAGGUGAGUACUGUUUUUAAUUCAGCAGCAGUGCCCUCCAGUCAUUCUUUUACUUCAGCAUUUAAAAGAUUUAAGGCCCAGUGCACUGCAUGGAAUAAGUUUGUUGGCCUUCCAUCUUCCAUCCAUAUAUAUAUAUAUUAAUAAUAAUUUAUUUAUACCCCGCCCAUCUGGCUGGGCUUCCCCAGCCACUCUGGGCGGCUUCCAAAGAAAUAUUAAAAUACUGUAAUACAUCAAACAUUAAAAGCUUCCCUGAACAGGGCUGCCUUCAGAUGUCUUCUAAAAGUCUGGUAGUUGUUGUUCUCUUUGACAUCUGGUGGGAGGGCGUUCCACAGGGAAGGCACCACUACCGAGAAGGCCCUCUGCCUGGUUCCCUGUAACUUGGCUUCUCGCAGUGAGGGAACCGCCAGAAGGCCCUCGGUGCUGGACCUCAGUGUCUGGGUAGAACAAUGGGGGUGGAGACGCUCCUUCAGAUAUACUGGACCAAGGCCGUUUAUAUAUAUAUAUAUAUAUAUAUAUAUAUAUAUAUAUGAAUAAAUUUUUAAAAUUAGAUUUCUUUUGUUAUAGCAAAUUGCAAAUACAAUUAUCCAGUUUUAUAUUUUACAAUUCCCUCCCUCCCGUUGACUUCCCUCAUCUUCCCCUUCUGGCGUGUUACAUUAUUUGUUAUCUUCUGCAUGUUAAAUAAUUUUAAGUGUUAUUGCAUUGUCUUUCUUCAUAUUUUACUUGAAUAAAAUUUUUAAUGUUUCUUCAAAGGCCUUCCAUCUUUCUGGUUAGAAGAUAGGAAUCAAUGGAAGCUGCUGUAGUCCUCUCUCCUGGCAAAGCUUCACUUUGUGCUCCUUUGCUUGGAGGCAGAACUUCUCAGCUCUCCUGUUUUCUUGUUGGCUCCUUGUUUACAAAGAAAGAGGCAUUUCCCCUUCUUUUUCUCCUUCCGCUCUUCUGUUUACUGCCGUUCCCCCACUCCCACCCGCUUGGGCUUUUGCUCAGUGGCUUCAGACCAGCCUAACACCUAUUCGGGUGGUCAAACAACCCCAAGGAACCUUGGCAUUAGCUGCAGGGCAAACCCCAAUGCCAAUGUAGUCAUUGAUAUAUUGUAAUCAUAUUUGUGGUCAGUGUCAACUCCACUUUCCAUAAGCAAGGUGAGUGAAUUCUCUCCUUUCUGCCCAGAUCCAUCCCACAGUGCAGCAGCAGCAUGGCACAACCUGAACAUCAGGCAGGUGCUCAAAAUUUACAUCAAGCCCACAUACAAACAAACUGACCCCGUUUGUCUCCUUUCGCCUAGGCCAUCCUUUCUCAACCUGUGGGUCCCCAGAUGCUGUUGAACUACAACUCCCAUCACCCCUAGCUAGCAAGGCCAGAGCUCAGGGAUGAUGGGAGUUGUAGUCCAACAACAUCUGGGGACCCACAGGUUGAGAACCGCUGACCUAGGCAGUUUAGCUAGGCGGAUUAAGGCUUGCAAGCCUCUGGUUCAUGAAGCUUCCCAGCUUCCCAUGUCUUCUACUGGCACCAUGGCCCCUUCUGUUACAGCAUCUGCCCUAGGCAGGCUGCUUUUUCCACCAAUGCACCAGUAUAGCAGUCCUGCCAUGUGGCCACUUGGUCCUCACCUAGCCUGUUCACACUCCACUGCAAGAUCAUGCCUCAGCUGAGACUGCUUUUUUUGCUUAGGAUGUUGUUGUUGUUUAGUCGUGUCCGACUCUUCGUGACCCCAUGGACCAGAGCACGCCAGGCACUCCUGUCUUCCACUGCCUCCCGCAGCUUGGCCAAACUCAUGCUGGUAGCUUCGAGAACACUGUCCAACCAUCUCCUCCUCUGUCGUCCCCUUCUCCUUGUGCCCUCCGUCUUUCCCAACAUCAGGGUCUUUUCCAGGGAGUCUUCUCUUCUCAUGAGGUGGCCAAAGUAUUGGAGCCUCAGCUUCAGGAUCUGUCCUCCCAGUGAGCAGUCAGGGCUGAUUUCCUUCAGAAUGGAGAGGUUUGAUCUUCUUGCAGUCCAUGGGACUCUCAAGAGUCUCCCCCAGCACCAUAAUUCAAAAGCAUCAAUUCUUCGGCGAUCAGCCUUCUUUAUGGUCCAGCUCUCGCUUCCAUACAUCACUACUGGGAAAACCAUAGCUUUAACUAUACGGACCUUUGUCGGCAAGGUGAUGUCUCUGCUUUUUAGCUUUUAACUAGGAAUACUGAAAAUAUAAUUAUCUCAUGUCUCACCAUCUCUUGAAAGUGCAUGGAAUUCGUGCUAGUGGAAAAUUAUCACACUUGCCAACCUCUGAAAAGCCCCUUUCAUGACAUUUGGAGAUGACCAAGUCUCAUUUGUGGAGUACAUAAUUUUAGUAUAUCAGAUCAGUUCUUUACGGUAAGAGCAGAAGGGUGGGUGGCUUCUUUUCAUAUUUCAUAUCAUUUAUUGUUCUAGGAAAGAUUCCGGGAUCUGCUGUGCUGGUCUUUGAUAUUCAUGUGAUAGACUUCCACAAUCCAUCUGACUCUGUGGCUAUUACCACCCAUUAUAAACCUAGCAACUGCUCUGUUCUGAGCAAGAAAGGCGAUUACUUGAAGUAUCACUACAAUGCCUCACUCUUAGAUGGCACUGUGCUAGACUCAACGUAAGUAUGUAGUUUAGCAGCAAAGAACAAUAGAAGCAUGAAACUGGGAAUAUUUUGUGCAUGUGGGCCUACCCAAUCACUUAUUUCUAUAAAUUUGCUUUCAUCAAGUUACAAUUGGUGAGAGAGUAAUGAUGAAGGGAAGGGCUAAUCAGACUGAGGGAUUUCUGGAUUCUGGGGUCACUUGUCUUAACAAAUUUUCUGCAUGGUCCAACUUGCAAUGUAUUUCUUAAAGGUAAAGGUUAAGGGACCCCUGACAGUUAAGUCCACUCACAGACGACUCUGGGGUUGCGGCACUCAUCUCGCUUUACUGGCCGAAGGAGCCGGCAUACAGUUUCCGGGUCAUGUGGCCAGCAUGACUAAGCCGCUUCUGGCAAACCAGAGCAGCGCACUGAAACGCCGUUUACCUUCCCGCCGGAGUGGUACCUAUUUAUCUACUUGCACUUUGACGUGCUUUCGAACUGCUAGGUUGGCAGGAGCAGGGACCAAGCAACGGGAGCUCACCCCGUCGCAGGGAUUCGAACCGCCGACCUUCUGAUCGGCAAGCCCUAGGCUGAGUGGUUUAGACCACAGCGCCACCCGCAUCCCAUAAUCUAUUUCUUAGAAAGGGUCUAUUAAGAAUUCAGAUCAUCACAUAGAAAUUGGAAAUGGUAAAUGUCAAAAGGCUAGAGGAGGUGGAAUUCUGAUGUUACAUUGGCACAUCCUAGCUUAUGAACUACUAUUUUCUUCUUUCAGGUUUAGCCUUGGGAAAACCUAUAAUAUAGUGCUGGGUUCUGGACAGGUUGUAUUGGGAAUGGAUAUGGGUCUCAGAGAUAUGUGUGUUGGAGAGAAAAGAACAGUUAUUAUCCCACCGCACCUUGGCUAUGGAGAGGCUGGAGUUGGUAAGUGAAGCUAAUAGUGAUGCUGACACACAAAUGUGUCUGGUCUUCUUCUGUAGCAGGUGUCACAGCUGGCUUCUGUGAGCAGUCUUGUUUUGUUCCUUAAAUGUGUUCAUUGGUUCAUGAACAGCUUUGAAGUAGUGUAUCCCCCAUGCAAUUUAAGUAAAAAUAUUAGUCUAAAAAGUAUAUUCACAACAUGAGAUGUUGAGAAUAUAGCUGUGUAAUGAUAUUAUUAUUAAUAUUAUUAUUAUUACCCCCACCAUUUAUUACCCACCCUUCCCACCAAGGUCCCAGGGCGGGUUAUAACAAUUAAAAACACAAUAUUAAAAACAGUUUAAAACUUAAAUUUAUAGAAAUGUGUCCUAAAAUUAUACACUUCAAUUUUUAAAAGCUAAGGUAAAGAGGUGCAUCAUAUUAUAUUUUAUAUUAUAUUAUAUUAUAUUAUAUUAUAUUAUAUUAAUGGUUUUCUCUCAGAAUGAAAAUAGCCCAAAUUAAUAAAGCAAUGGGGAAAGGCUAUACAUUCUUGUGAAUUAGCAAACAACCUUCCCCUAAGUGCAAAUAGUCACAAAGCAUAGUGUACCUUCUAAGAUAAAGAAUACGUUAGCUAUAUUUCUUUUGGAUCCUGCAGGCUUUAUUUUCUCAUAUUUUAGCUUGCUGAUGUUUCUAAGCCAGUGGAUGAAAUGUGAACAAUUUGUAUUAACUGCACAAUUUGUGAAUGCUGGGGGUGGGCCAAAUUCCAAAAUGCUCCUACAUAACAGAAAUCUUACUUUAUUUUUUGUUAUUUACUGUUACAGAAGGAGAAGUGCCUGGUAGUGCCGUAUUGGUUUUUGACAUUGAACUGUUCGACUUGGUGUCUGGCUUACCAGAGGGCUAUAUGUUUGUAUGGCAUGAGGAAGUCUCUCCUAAUCUCUUUGAAGAGAUUGACAAAGAUAAUAAUGGAGAGGUUCUUCUGGAAGAGGUAAGGUUUUGGCUAGUAAAGCUGCACUGGAAAAAAAUUCUAUAGGAGCUAGUAAGUUCACAGACUUACUGUGAACAUACAGGACACUGAGUGGAGCCCCAGCCUUCAAGCAGUAUAUUUAAGAUCAUGUUUCUAUUCUGACGGGACAUCAUUUAGGGAAAAUUAAAGCAAUUAUUUCUACAGAAACAAGAGACCAAUGUGCUUCUAGGUCUUGAGCACAGGAGGGAGAUGCAUAAUCCUACUCAUAGAAUAGCUACUCCAGUUAAGAGGAUCUGAUUGAAGCCCAGCUUAACUGAAUGUCUGUGGCAUAGGUCCUUAACAAAAAAUCUCAAAGGGUCAGGACUCAGCAGCUGUUACAGUAGUAAUGGAUACAAACACUGCUUAUGGGAAUUUCCCAAUUCCUUUUGGUUAUUUGAAAUUCCAGCAGAGGCAUGCACCUUGGAAUUUAAGUACUAAUUUGACACCUGAACCUCUCAAAAGACACAUUGGUACCUUGGUUUAAGAACAGCUUAGUUUAUGAACAACUUGGAUUAAGAACAUGGGAAACCCGAAAGUAGGUGUUUUGGUUUGUGAACUUUGCCUUGGAAGCAGAACAUGUUUCACUUCCUGUUGAGUGUGUUCCAUUUGUAAAUGGAGUCCCCUGCUGCUAUGGGAAAGCAUGCCUUGGUUUAAGUCUAGAACGCUUUGGUUUAAGAACGGACUUCCGGAACAGAUUAAGUUUAUAAACCAAGGUACCACUGUACUCACUAGAGAUAAAGUAUUAACUGGUAUUUCCUCAGCACUUGAUGUGAAUAUGAGGGGACAGAUGCAAAGGUACCACAACAUCCUAUUCGCUGGAGUUUUGAGAUUAAAUAACCUGGCUGCAAACAUUAUUUUACUUUUCACUAAUGUAUUUGUUUUUUAAAUUGUAGUUCGGCGACUACAUCCACGAACAAGUCAAGGCUGGCAAAGGAAAGUUAGCUCCUGGCUUUGAUUCUGAAACAAUUGUGAAAAACAUGUUCAGUAAUCAGGACCGAAAUGGAGAUGGCAAGAUAACCGCUGAUGAAUUCAAACUGAAAGACCAAGAGCCACAGGGACAUGAUGAACUGUAGUUUGUUUUUAAAAUUUGUAGGAGCUAAACUGCUGUCAGAAUGUAUGCACAAUAGAAGUGGUUUGAAAUGUGUGUGUGUAUACUUAAAAGUGUGGACAGUGAAAAUGAAUACUCCUGUCUUUGUAAGAGUGAAGUAGGCUAAAGUAAGGGGAAGACUGUGGCAUUUUUAUAAAACGUGAAAUGCCUCAAAAUUGGUUUCAAUGACUUAAAAAAAAAAUAGUGACACAAAUCUUGUGACGUAUUUUUUGAGAGGUGGUAAAGAAUUUUGAGCUUAGAACAAAAAUGUACAUUUCUGUUAAACUCCUGCGCCACGGCCCUGUUCGGUUACUCUCCAACUGUAGUUUUAUAAUCAUCUUUCCAAGGAAGAGAAAAUCUUCUACAAUGGGAGGAACUGCACUAAAUCUUUUUCAAAGCCGUUAUCUCAGAUGCUGUGGUAGCACCAUGAGCAGUACUGGAGAUGGGGAGUCAUGUUUCCCUAAGGAUUGUAACUGAAGCUAUGAAUACAAGAACUAAUCACAAAAAGUGUGUAUCAUUCUUUGCCGUGUAUCAAAACAUGUCCAUUUAUUUUAAUGGGCCUACUCCUGAGUAUCACCCUGAAAUUAGUCUGCCCUCACACAUGUAUUAUAGAAAAAAGAAAGCAGAAAUGUACUAGAAAUAUGCUGCAAUAUGCAUAAUGGUAGAUUGUAAUUGUGUAUACAACAUAUGGCUACUCCAUCUACUUUUUUGUGCAGUGACUCCUCAACUAGAGAACUGUCAUAAGUGUACUUCAGAGUGAAUCUCAGGUCUCAUUUGUGUCUAUAAAAACAUUUUGUAGUUGGAAGGGACCAUGAGGAUCAUCUAGUCCAGCCACCUGCAAGAAUAUGAACCUCACGGGGAUUGAAUCAGCACCACACACUACGCAACUGAGCUAAUACCCUGCGGCUAAAGAGCACAAGAGCAUAAAUUAAGUGAGUGACCUCCCCCAAAGGGAAAAGGAUCACAAAGCCACGGUCCUCCCACUAACGGGAAUGUACAAAGCGUCUUCUUUUUUAAUUGUAGAAUGGUGCUAGUUCUAAAACUACGACAUACCUUUCAAAACACUUUUGCAGUAAGCAAAGUUAUGUUUUAUACGCUUUGUAAUAUUAUUAAUGUCUUAAGGAUUUGUCAAGUGUGAUACAUGCUGUUAUUUUUAUUAAAAUAAAAUAUGGACAGACACAUUCUGCACUACUCUUCCUCCAUGUACAGGCGACUGGGGAUGGGGAAAGGCUUAACAGUGACAAUAUUGAUCUAAAUUAUGGUUUUCAAUAUAUAUCUGAACUGCUUGGCUAGUUCACAUCCAAAAGCUCUCUGAAAGGUGAACAAACCAUUUAUGUAGUUGUAGCCCAACUAUUGAGGCAAAGUGUACAAUGUGAAUGAGCAAAGCACUGUAAAUUAAUAUUGUAUUCUUUCACCUUUUAUAAUUAACUGCAGGCUGAAUGUGGGUAACAAAUGAUAUGCACCAAUUAUGAACAGUACUUUAAAUAAUACUGGCUGCUUUUUUGUUUCUUUUUCCGGCAGAAGGAGAGUGGUGUUUUUUGGUUUUAAGCUACCCCUUGUAAAGAGAUGAAAAAACUCCAUAUCAAAGCUCUCUAGAAUUGAUAUAUGUAAUUAGCAUUAUUAGAUAUCACCUAAAACAAUACCAUGUAUCUGCACGAGGAGCUGGGCUAGAAUCAUAGAAUUGGAAGAGAGGGUCAUUUAGUCCAAUGCCUUGCAAUGCAGGAAUCUCAACUAAAGCAUUGUUGAAAGCAUUGGGCUCUCAUGGGAAACAGAUUCAUAUAGGCAGUUUGUCUCACACGGGUCUGUUCCAAGUAGUAAUCAUGCAUGAGAAUUGGGCAUUCUCUACCUGCCUGGUAGCUGUUACAAGCAGCAGCAGCCUGCACCCAAAAGCAAGGCAUGCCAAUAUGGUAGAAGCUCCUCUUCCAGACUGGCAGCUUCACUUGUUCUGGAUAGUCUUCCUAAGGAAGAGAUGGGACUUAUUUUCCUGAUUGGGUUAAACAGUAAGCCCGUGAAAGAGUUUUAUCUGGUUUGCAAGUACCAGAUUAAUCAGUCCACACCUUCAUUAAUGAGAAUGCACACAAAAUUUAAAAGUUUGGCGUCUCCAACUUUCUUGUUUUGUUCAAAAGACAAUUGACCCCAUUCCAUAAAUACUCUCCCCAUCUAGCUUGAAGAAAUGAGUCUCCCUUUGGGGGAAACUAGGAAGCACAAACCCUUUAUUCUGAGAACCAUUUGAAGGAGAAAAGAUCCCAGCUUGUGUUGGAUAGUGGACCAGAACGGGCCAACUCUACAUCCUCUCCUGCUUCCUAUUUUAGCCUCAAACCAGCCUUUAUCUGCCUCCUGCUGGACAGAAAUGUGGAUCACAGCUGCGAAAGAAACUUUCA